UUAAUUUCGGCCUGCCUGACAGCCGGAUGUUUCGGUCACCUGUAGGCUACUGAAAUUUGUUUGAAUACUACUGAUGUUGGAUUAUUUAAUCUAGUUAAAACGUCAAUAUGAAAUAGUGCUGUCAUCAUUACCGUAUCGUUCCUUCUUUUUGACAUUGAUAGCUAACCUCACUAGCCACAACAGCACCCACCUACUUCGGAAGCUAUCGAUACGGUUGUUUGGAACUAACGUUAACGUAAACCUCUUUCUUUAGUAAUGCCAACUUAAUUGCAUUGCCAUUGUAUUUUAAUGGUAGAUAUAUUAGCUGGUCAUCAUAACAAAACCAGAGCUCCCACUCACUGGGUAAAUAUCGGUACGACAACACAACUUCGUCAAAAAAAAUGUUCAAUCUCAAUUAUUGUGUGAAGAAGCUCUGAAGACUCAGAGCUGUUGGCCACUUGCAGUGUUCUCAGAUGGAGCUGGCACACAGUUUGCUGCUCAAUGAAGAUGCCCUGGCCCAGAUCACUGAGGCCAAGAGGCCUGUCUUCAUCUUCGAGUGGCUUCGCUUCUUAGACAAAGUCCUUGUGGCAGCAAAUAAGGUGGAUGUGAAGGAGAAACAAAAGAAACUGGUGGAGCAGCUGACUGGGCUGAUUAGCAGUGCUCCAGGUCCACCCACCCGCAAGCUGCUGGCCAAGAACCUGGCCACCCUUUACAGCAUCGGAGACACGUUCACCGUCUUUCAAACUCUAGACAAGUGUAAUGACAUCAUCAAGAGCAAAGAUGACACACCAGCCUAUCUACCAACUAAGCUGGCUGCAGUGGCAUGUGUGGGGGCCUUUUAUGAGAAGAUGGGCAGGAUGCUGGGCAGCUCUUUCCCAGAAACCAUCAAUAAUCUUCUCAAGGCAUUGAAGAGUGCAGAGUCUCAGGGGCGUGGAGAGAUUCUGCUCAGCCUGCAGAAGGUCCUUCAUGGGCUGGGUGGGGCAGCUGCUUCCUGUCACAGAGACAUCUAUAAGAAUGCCCGCUCCCUACUGACUGACCGCUCCAUGGCUGUCCGCUGUGCUGUGGCCAAGUGUCUGUUGGAGCUGCAAAAUGAAGCAGUUUUCAUGUGGACCACAGAGCUGGAGAAUGUCGCCACACUGUGCUUUAAGGCACUGGAAGGCUCCAACUACGGCGUACGGGUCGCCGUGUCCAAGCUGCUGGGCACCGUCAUGGCAACAGCGCUGAUGCCCAAGCAAGCAGCAGUGAUGCGUCAGAACGUGAAGCGGGCCACGCUGGAGGAGGUGCUGGAGCUCAUGGCUACGGGCUUCCUGCGCGGAGGCUCUGGCUUCCUGAAGAGCGGCGGCGAGAUGUUGAAGGGAGGGGCCUCUGUCAGCAGGGAGGUGCGGGUGGGGGUCACACAGGCUUAUGUGGUCUUUGUGACCACUCUGGGUGGGCAGUGGCUGGAGCGUAACUUCGCCACGUUCCUGUCUCACGUGCUGGAGCUGGUGGCACACCCGCGGGCCACGCAGACACAUGUGGAGGCUGUGUACUCUCGCCGCUGCGUCUCCUUCGCCCUGCGCGCCACCCUGGGCGGCCUGCUAGGCGAGAAGGCCCAGAUCGCCGCUGCCAAGGAGAUCUGCCAGGCCAUCAGCAAGCAGAUGCGGGCAGUGGGUAAGGAGGGAGAUGGUGGUGGUGGGGGGGAGGUGUCCAGGCUCAGAGCACUGCAGAAAGCGGUGGUGAGCGACCCCAGUGGGGAGAACAAAGCGGGUGCAGCAGACGUGUCUGCCAGUCAGCAUGUGAUGGUGUGUGCCCUGAAGGAGCUGGGCAGUCUGGUCCAGAGCCUCAGUGCCACCUCCUCCCCCCUCAUACAGGAGCCUUCCAUCGGUCUCCUGGAGACGGUCAGUUCGGUGCUGCUGCACCCCAGCAUGGCUGCCCGUCUUGCGGCCGCCUGGUGCCUGCGCUGUGUUGCCGUGGCGCUGCCCUAUCAGCUGACGCCACUGCUGGACCGCUGUGCCGAGCGCAUCAACAACUUGAAGAGCUCGCCUGAGGCGGUCAGUGGCUACAGCUUCGCCAUGGCCGCCCUGCUCGGAGGCAUACACCAGUGCCCCCUGGGUAUCCCACAUUCUAAGGGCAAGAUGGUGGUGAGUAUAGCGGAGGAUCUAUUGCGUACCGCGUCCCAGAACAGCCGUCUAUCUCUGCAGCGCACUCAGGCUGGCUGGCUGCUACUGGGGGCCCUCAUGACACUAGGCCCCUCGGUGGUGCGGUACCACCUACCGAAGAUGCUGCUGCUGUGGCGAAACGUGUUCCCUCGUUCCCAGAAGGAGCUGGAGGCUGAGAAGGCCCGUGGAGACCCAUUCACCUGGCAGGUCACCCUGGAGGGACGCGCUGGGGCACUCUGUGCCAUGCGGAGCUUCGUGGCCCAUUGUCCUGAGCUCCUUACGGAGGAUGUGAUCCGGAGACUCAUGACCCCAAUUGAGUGUGCCAUGACCAUGAUGUCACAUGUGCCUGCGGUCAUUAAAGUGCAUGGUGCCCAUCUGAAAGCUAGCGCUGCCAUGGUCAGAUUGAGACUGUAUGACAUCCUCGCUCUGCUGCCACCUAAGACCUACGAAGGCAGCUUUAAUGCCCUGCUGAGAGAGCUGGUCGCAGAGUUCACCCUGACGGACAACUCGGCCAACACCACCACCUCCCUGCUGCGCUCUCUCUGUCACUAUGAUGACAGUGUGCUCAUGGGUUCCUGGCUACAAGAAACGGACCAUAAGUCCAUAGAGGAUCAGCUGCAGCCCAACAGCGCCUCCGGCAGCGGCGCCCUGGAGCACGACCCGUCCUCCAUCUACCUGCGCGUCCCUGUGGGCGAGGUCAUCCCUGGGCCCCUCCCCCUGGGCGUGUCCGUCAUCGACGCCUCGGUGGCGCUGUUCGGCGUGGUCUUCCCUCACGUCUCCUUCAAACACAGGCUGCAGAUGCUGGAUCACUUUGCCGAGUGCAUCAAACAGGCCAAGGGGGUUCGCCAGCAGGCUGUGCAGCUCAACAUCUUCACAGCAGUUCUGAGUGCACUCAAGGGUCUGGCUGAGAAUAAGAGUACGCUGGGUCCUGAGGAGGUGCGUAAGUCCGCGCUGGCGCUGGUGAUGGGCGCGCUGGACAACCCCAACCCCAUACUGCGCUGCGCCGCUGGGGAGGCCCUGGGCAGGAUGGCCCAGGUGGUGGGGGAGGCCACCUUCAUCGCCAGGAUGGCACAGGACAGCUUUGAUAAGCUGAAGUCUGCGCGAGAUGUGGUGUCGAGGACGGGUCACUCCCUGGCCCUGGGCUGUCUGCACCGGUAUGUGGGCGGCAUCGGGUCGGGCCAGCACCUCAAGACUAGUGUCAGUAUCCUGCUGGCCCUGGCUCAGGAUGGCUCCUCACACGAAGUACAGACCUGGGCGCUGCACUCUCUGGCCCUGAUUGUGGACUCCAGUGGGCCCAUGUACCGGGGUUACGUGGAGCCCACGCUGUCUCUGGUGCUGACGCUGCUGCUGACUGUGCCCCCCUCCCACACCGAGGUGCACCAGUGCCUGGGCCGCUGCCUGGGGGCCCUCAUCACCACCGUGGGGCCCGAGCUGCAGGGUAAUGGAGCCACGAUCUCCACCAUCCGCUCGUCAUGUCUGGUGGGCUGUGCCAUCAUGCAGGACCACUCCGACUCGCUAGUCCAGGCGGCCGCCAUUUCCUGUCUGCAGCAGCUGCACAUGUUCGCCCCGCGCCACGUCAAUCUGUCCAGCCUUGUGCCCUGCCUCUGUGUGCACCUGUGCAGCUCUCACCUGCUGCUGCGUCGCGCUGCGGUGGCGUGUCUGAGGCAGCUGGUCCAGAGAGAGGCGGCCGAGGUGUGUGAGUACGCCAUGAGCCUCGCCAAGAAGGCCAGCGACAGCAAGGACAGCGGCUCCAUCAAUUUGAAAAUCACCGAGACGGGUCUGGAGGGGGUUCUGUUUGGCAUGCUGGACCGGGAGACGGACAGGAAGUUGUGUUCGGACAUCCACGACACGCUGGGCCACAUGCUCUCGUCCCUGGCGGUGGGGAAGCUGGCCCACUGGCUCAAGCUGUGCAAGGACGUGCUGGCCGCCACCACAGAUGUAGGGGGCGCUGUGGGCUUCGAGAUGGGGAAGGAUGAGGACUCGGAGAAGAAGGACGACACAGACGACGACACCAUGUUCACCACGCUGGGCGAGGAGCCCUCCAAGCCCAACGUCGCCCCACGCUGGGUAACGCGGGUGUUCGCCGCGGACUGCCUCUGCCGCAUCAUCCACCUGUGUGAGAACUCCGACAAGGCCCACUUCGACCUGGCCACCGCCCGCUCGGCUCGGGCCAAAAAUCCCAAAGGUGAUUUGCUGGUGCUUCACCUGUCUGACCUCAUCCGCAUGGCCUUCAUGGCUGCCACGGACAACAGCAACCAGCUGCGCAUGGCCGGCCUGCAGGCCCUGGAGGACAUCAUCAAGAAGUUUGCCUCCGUGCCCGAACCCGAGUUCCCCGGCCAUGUCAUUCUGGAGCAGUACCAGGCCAAUGUUGGGGCUGCACUGAGACCUGCCUUUUCCCCCGACACCCCGUCUGACAUCACUGCCAAGGCGUGCCAGGUGUGCAGCACCUGGAUCGGCAGUGGCGUGGUCAGCGACCUGAAUGACCUGCGGCGUGUGCACAACCUGCUGGUGUCAUCGCUGGACAAGGUGCAGGCUGGAAAGGGCUCCUCCAGCCAGCUGUACAGUGAGAGCGCCACCACCAUGGAGAAGCUCUCUGUGCUGAAGGCCUGGGCUGAGGUGUUUGUGGUGGCCAUGAAGAUUAAAAAGGAGGCCGAGUCGCGGCCGCCAAAGAGCAGUGGCGGCGAGGAAGAUGAAGAUGAAGAUGCGGGCGAGGAGACGGGCAUCCUGCCGCCAGACAGUCUGAUCACCCUGGUGCAGCCAGAGCUGCCCGCCCUGAGUAGGCUGUGGCUGGCCGCGCUGAGGGACUACGCCCUGCUCAUGCUGCCCGCCGAGUUCGCCAGCCAGCUCCCACCUGAUGGUGGGGCUUUCUACACACCUGAGACCAUAGACACGGCGCGGCUGCACUACCGCAACUCCUGGGCUCCCAUCCUGCACGCCGUGUCCCUCUGGCUCCACAGCACCGGGUUCGGCUCCGCCGAGGGUGCCGAGGAGACCCCCCCUGCCCUGCCCAAAGGCUCCGCGCCUGUUGCUGUGUUCCCGCCGGCCGGACAGGUCCCCAACAAAAGCCAGGAGGAGCUGAUUAAGGACCGCAUGCAUCUGCUUCUAGGCAUCAGCAUCGAGUUCCUGUGUUUCCCGCGACCGGAGGAGCCCAUCGAGCACGUCAUGUCCUGCCUGCAGGCCCUCUGCACCCUGCUGGACUCCCCCAGCGCCCGCAAGCACAUCGCCCAGGAUCAGCUGUUGGCGGUGGAACUGUUAAAUGUGCUGCACAGGCUGCUGCUGACAUGUGACCCUCCCAGUGUGCAGCUGCAGGUGACCGCAGUAGUGCAGGAGACCAUCCACUCCGCGCUAGACCAUCUUCAACUGCAGCGGUCCAGCUGUAGUGUGGAGGAGGGGGAGGAGAAGGAGUCGGCCGCAACCCUCGGGGAAGGAGGCGACAGCGGGGAGCUGCUGCCGGGCAAGUCGCUGGUGUUCGCCGCCAUGGAGCUGCUGGUGUUCAUCCUGAUGCGCCACCUGCCGCAGCUGAACACGCGCGCCGGGGACUCGCCCAGUCACCUGGCCUACCGGCCGCACAGCCUCUCCGAGGAGGGCACGCGCCUGGUGGCCGCCACCGUUGCCAUCCUGGCCGAGCUGCCCGCACUCUGCUCUCCAGCAGGAAGCAUGACCAUUCUGCCCACCGUGCUGUUCCUGAUCACCGGUGUUCUGAGGGAGACGGCGGUGAAGACUCCGGAUAAUUCCGUGCCGGUGCCCGUGUCCGCCGCCCUGCAGGGCAUCAAGACCAUCAUCACGUCUCCGCUGGCGCGAGCUGAGAAGACACACACACAGUGGACCAGCCUGGUCUGGAGCAGCCUGGCGUCUGUGCUGGAAUAUGCUCAACCUGAUGAGUCUCGGCCCAACAUGGAUGAGGUGAGCAUGCUGACGGCCAUCACCCUCUUCUUGCGGUCCGCCAGCUCUGAGCUCCUGGGGGUCACCGCCCUGCAGAAUGGCUGCAUGGACCGCUUCCGCAACGCCCUCAACUCCAGCGACCCCUGGGUCCAGGCCCGCUGUUACCAGCUGCUGAUGUCGGUGUUCCAGCACUCCAGCCGCGCUCUGUCCACCCCCUACAUCCACGCACUGGCGCCACUGCUGGUGGAGAAGCUGAAGGCGGUGGAGCGCAGCCGGCCCAAUAACCCCGCCGAGCUGCAGGCCGUCCAGGAGGGGGUCAAGGUCCUGGAGAACCUGGUGGCUAUGGGAGAAGAGCAGAACCGAGUUCAGUUGCUGGCGCUCCUUGUCCCCACCCUGGUGUCAUACCUGCUGGACGAGAACGCCUUCUCUUCGGCUGCGCCGGCCUCCAAGGGCUUGCACAACUUUGCCCUGCAGGACCUGAUGCGCAUCGGGCCUCUGUACCCAGCCGCCUUCAAAACUGUGAUUGGGGCAGCGCCCGAGCUGAAGACCCGCCUAGAGACGGCCAUCCUGGCCAAUCAGGCCAGCAGCAAGGCCAAGGCAGCAGCCAGGCAGGCCCAGCCCACCGUGCAGGCCGCGCCCACGAUCAAACUCAAGACGAGCUUCUUCUGAAGAGACCAUAUCUUUUCAUUCCCACAUUGUGUUACUGUGUUUCACUGUGUUUUACUGAUAUCUGUCACUGGAUUGCGUGUGUGUGCGUGCGUGCGUGCGUGCGUGCGUGUGUGUGUGUGUGUGUGUGUGUGUAAAAGAGUGAGUUUGUGUCGCCAUUCCUCUGAGCUUUUGAGAGUGCACUCCCCCUAAAAGUGGAAAUAAUAUAUACAGUAUGUGUACAUACGGAUUAAAGGGCCUUUUUAAUAUUGUGUGUCACAGACGCUAUAUGAAACAUGUGCUUACAGCAGUGAAUUUGUAAAAGGGAUUUUUAUUGUUGGAAUCUCAUUUUCCAGAAUGUUCUCCCUUUCCACCCCGAGUCACAUGGAACACUGCAUUAUGAACUGUAAUGAAUAGAACAUUUUCAUGAAGCACAUUUGAAAGCACUAUAUCAUGGUGUCAUUUUCCUCAUUCUCAAUGAAUCACUGACCCGUGUAACUUUAAUUGUCACUGUAUGUUGUUCUGUCCUUGUUAUUUUGCCUUGCUUCCUCCUUGCUUGUUUGUCCUAUUUAGAUGCCUUAUGUUUGUUUUUUUUCCCAUUCAUUCCUUAGUUAGUUUUUAACAAGAAAUCAUACUGCAGACUACUUCAGCUAGCUUUGAUACUCUUGAGUCAAGCAUGGUUCAUUUAUAACCUUAAUGUGGAAAGACUUGCCAAUGUUACCAUUAAAGCAUAGCUUGAAAGGAUCAUGGAAAAGUCUGUAUACAGUUUCCCCAUUUCACUAGAGAUGCAGGUACAUUUUCAGCUGUUUCAUGUCAGCUGGUUGCCUUUGUUUUCUUGUGUCAUACAAGGCAGUGUCAAUGCAGAUUUGAAAUGCCAUUUUAUUCCUGCUGGAUUAACUUAACAUUAAUCUAUCCAUAUCAACACUGGUGAAGUAUUGCUGAUAUUGUUUAUUGUUUAUCUAAAAGCAUGUCAGUGAUAAUGCACAAAAAAGAUAAAGUGAAUUUACAUUUUGUCUUAUUGCUUUCCAUUUCUUGUUUGUUUUUGCUGUUUGUUUCUUGGACCAGAAUGUGAAAUAAAUGAAUGAACUGCACAACAACAUUGGAAUGGCAUUAAAGAUAUUUAUUUUUAGCUUUUA